AGGGAACUACACGCAACUGAUCAAGGCCGUCCAUCGACGUCCCGGGAUGCGGCGAUCCUUCUGUCCUGAGGGCUGGGUGGCUCCCAACGAAUGUUCCGGACCGAAGGCUACUGCUAUACUAGACCCUCGUCAUCCGCGAACUUGGCGCACCGUGCACCGCGGGGGAAACUUUAUUCCCGGAUUCUAGCAGCCAGGACUCGGGACUGAGCUCAGAGUCUACGCGGGGUGUCGGCACAGAGAAUGGUGGGACCCCCCGCCGAAGCAGCGCAUCUCGGCUUCGCUUCUACAUUCGAGCCGCAACAGGCACCGUGCAUCACUUCCAGCGGAAAACGAGGAGACUCGAGAACCAGCGAUCGAGUCAUAUCAUGUCAUGCGGGCGUGCGUCCGUCCGCAAAGUUCCGUACGCCUUCCUCUCGUUGUCAUCGUCGCACAUCUUGCAAGAGAGACGUGAGACUGGAUGGGAUGAAAUGAGUGUCGUGACAAGAGUUACACAGUCCCCCAUGUUUUAGAAUGAUCAUCGGGAGAAGUACGAUCGUCUCCAGAAUAGCUGUGUAUUGACGACUUCUCGGAUUUACACUGCUUUGAGAGGUCAAAAUGGUCGUAGAUCGUCACGGCUGUAUGAAUUUUAGGUAGAGAGAACGUCAUUUCAAUAUGGCUGAUGACAAGAAAGAGUGACUCGGCUAUUGCCGAAAACGUCCGCGGCGGCUACUUAUGAUAGUCUUUCCCAGCCUUGCUUGCCAUCUCGCCCAUCUGGGUCGGCCCAUCUCCAUCGCCACGAUCUGAUUCCCACCAUGAUACCUCGAUGACGCGCGUAGAAGCUCGCUCACGACAUACCUCGCAUGGCCGCCGCCAUCUCGUACAGUUCUCGGGCAAUCAGGGCACCCAACUCCCCUGACUUCCGCGCAUACAUCACGCACAAUGGCUGCGAUGUCUCGGCCUUGAACGAUAUCCCGCUCUUCCCCCCCGCGCGUCCUACCGCCGCCUCGGAGCUGCACGUACACAUGAUCGUGCACGCCGGGCGGUGGACCAACGCGCACAUGACGCUCGACACGCACACCGCGUUCACACCCAUCAGACCGGUCUUACGCGGGCGCAAGGUAGCCUAUGUCAGGAACGUAUUCCCCCAUCGCGGGUAUAUCUGGAACUGUGGGAUCCUAUCGCAGACGUGGAGCGAUGGUGGCCCGAUACACAUCCUGGAGGUAGGAGACCGAGUCGCUGACUUGGGGGAGGUGCGCGUGGUGCGCGUGUUGGGUCUUCUCGCGUCGCGUGACGAGGGACAGCUCCGAUGGGCGCUACUCGCCGUGGACACGGCAGACGAUCUUGCACAGCGUCUCUAUAGCCUCGCCGAUCUCGAGCGAGUCUGUCCGGGGAUGAUCACUGCGACCAAAGAGUGGCUUAGGUUAUACAAGCUCCCUGACGGCAAGGAUGAGAAUACGCUCGAAUUCAACGGGGAGGUCAAACCUGUCGACUUCGCCCGUGAGGUCAUAUCCAGGUGCCACGACGAAUGGAAGAAUCUGGUUUACAGCUCGGGGGCUGCUGCGCAUUUUGAUCAGACGAAUGUCACUUUGCGUGACUCUCCCGGUUACUUGGCACUAGCCAAGUCGCAAGAGGAGCAGUCAAGAAUCGACGAGAUGUCUAUCUGGCCUGCAAGAUCAGGCAUGUAUUCCUUCCUCUGUCUUCCUUUCAUUAUCGCUCGCUAA